AUGUCACAAGACUCACACUUAGCCACAUUGCGAUAUAGCAAAAUCCUACGUAUUCUCCGGAGGCUGCAAGGCAAUACGAAGAGCUUGAGCAUUCUUCUAGAUCAGAUGAAUGCUCGGUUUGAUCGAUUUGAUACUCGCAUAGAUCGACUAAGCAACGACCUACGUAAUCAUAUUCAAGUUUCCGAAGGUAUUUCUGCCUCCGUAACUUCAGUAAGCACGGAUAAUACUGGAGAGGUGACACCUAUUGCAGGGAAGGACCUGUGGCAACGAAUCCGCAACUCCCGCUACACAAAGGAGGACUGCCUUCAGAAAAUAUGCUUCUAUAACUGGGCGAUGGGUCUUGCUGCGCUCUGUCGAUCUACGGGAAUGAUGGAUGAAAUACGGCUCAUGAGAGAAAUAUACCUAAACCUCGAUCCCGGUCUGCGAUCACUCGCCUCGACCCCCAAUGCUACGUUUAGCCUUGAAGAAUACGUCGGCGAGCUCGUCGACCAUAAUCGUGCCUGGCGAAUUAUCCUGCGGGAAGAAGACCAGGGACACAACGAUGACAGCAUCUAUAUCGUCGACGAUACAGAGGCAACCGAAAGUGUUAAUCCCACGAAUAGCUCCCAGAUGUCAGAUAACUAG